AUGGGCCGGGGCAUCGUGACAGAUGAUGCCCUGGUGUACAGCACCUUCCUGCUCCAUGACCCCCAUCCCGUGGGAAACCUGUCCAUUGUGAGGACCAACCGCGUGGAGAUUCCCAUUGAGUGCCGCUACCCCAGGCAGGGCAAUGUGAGCAGCCAGGCCAUCUGGCCCACUUGGGUGCCCUUCAGGACCACAGUGUCUUCAGAGAAGCAGCUGAUUUUCUCUCUGCGCCUGAUGGAGGAGAACUGGACCUCUGAGAAACUGUCCCCCACCUUCUACCUGGGAGACACCGCCUACCUCCUGGCCGAUGUCCACACUGGCAGCCACCCGCCACUGCACCUGUUUGUAGACCACUGUGUAGCCACCCCGACACCAGACCAGAGCGCCUUGCCUCGUCACAGCAUUGUGGACUUCCAUGGUUGCCUGGUGGACGGUCUCUCCGAUGGCUCUUCUGCAUUCCAAGCUCCGAGGUCUAAGACCGAUGUUCUCCGGUUCACCAUGGAUGUGUUCCACUUCGCUAACGACUCCAGAAAUACGAUCUACAUCACCUGCCAUCUGAAGGUUAUUCCUGCCCACCAACCCCCGGAUCAACUCAACAAAGCCUGUUCCUUCAACAAGUCCUCCAACAGCUGGUCGCCAGUCGAAGGCUCUGCUGAGAUCUGUGAAUGCUGCGCCAGGGGGGACUGUAGCACACCAGGCUCUUCCAGGAGGCAGCCCCCUGUCCAGGGGCCCAAGGCCACGUCACGAAACCGCAGACAUGUGACUGAAGAAGCAGAUGUCACCGUGGGGCCACUGAUCUUCCUGGGAAAGGCUGAUGACCGUGGCGACCAUGGUGUGGAGGGUUGGCACACUCCUGCUCACGCCUCCAUGGCUCUGGGCCUGAGCCUGGCUGUGGUGGCAUUCCUGACCCUGGCUGCUGUUGUCCUGGGUCUUGCCAGGAGGUGCCACACUGCUUCCCACCCCAUGUCCACUCCUUAA